CAUUCGCCACGGUGUGCCAAAGUCAGAAGCGAUUCGAUGGCGACGAUUCAGUACGUCGGGAUACCUUUAGCGCAGCGGUUGUAAAGAAGGUAGUCGGAGAAAAAGCAAUCCGUUUGUUAAAGGAAUUCUCAAAUGCGGUAGACUAAAGUAUGAUAUUGAAGAGAGCGAAGAGUUUGUGUUUCUGAUAAAAAAUAAAAAAUUUUCACAAAAAAAAUAUCACAAAAUUUCACACCCGUCAAUGAUAAAACUUGAAAGAGUAAUAAAAAGUAUCGUUAAAACAAAAAUUAUUUAAAAAAGCGAAAAUUUAUAGCAGUGUUGAAUUUAAACAAAAACUUAUUUGAAAAAUCAAAAAAAUCGUUUUUGAUUAAAAAAGAAUGAAUAUCUUCGAGGUGUUAAUAAGGUUGCGUGAGAAAGCUGCUGCAAUUUACUGUUAGUGAAUUCAUAAUUUAUGCACAAAACAAGGAGUGCGAAAAGUUGAACUUUUUAUUGACGUCAAGUAACAAUCUGCAAUUAGCCAGAGUAAUAAAGUGAACAAAUUUCAUUCUUAACCCCUUUCAUACAUAAUUUGCAUAAUAAUGUCUGCGGAAUGUUUUUUAUCGCGACUUCAAAAGCUGUUUGUAAAAGUUUUGCUUUCUGGAGUGUUGGCUGUUUUUCGCACAUACUAGAAUACAGAAUAACAGUAAAUAAAACACCUAAAAACGCAAAACUUAAAAGUCAACAGACGCCCAAAGAGCAUAAAGGAUUUUAAAUAAUUCCAUAAGCCGCGUACAAAUUUUACAAGUAUGAGCGCGAGUGUGUUGAGGUAAAAGGUGAUGCACACAAAAAUAGCUAAUACCAAGACAUAAAUACACCAGAAACCAGAAAGGUACAACGCAACAACAACAAAUAUAAAGCAAAGCAAAGUGUGAUUGUGUAAAUCAUGUCCAACGGAAAGGCGACAAAAUAAAAUCUAAAAGGAAAAUUCAUCAUAAUACACGCGCCCACUUAAAAAGCAGAAAGCCAAAUGUUAAACAAAUAAACAGGGAUUCACGUAUACGUACAUAUGCGGGAAUUUCUACGGCACUAAAAUGCUUGACUCACACACGCCACCAACGACGACAGUGAGUGAUUUUGAGAGCAUAGAGCCCUACAAGGUCGACACUUCUAAUGAAUUCGGGAGCAGUGGUGGUGGGGGCGGUAGAGGAGAGUUAGACGUCAUCAUCGCUAGUGAAACUAGUCGUGCUGCUUUCGGCGGCUUGGUGGAAAACCUACAAGAUAAUUAUUCCCAACUUAUCGGUACAACAUCGGCCAUUGAUUGGUGCAAUCAAUCACUGCUACUCUAUGGCAUAAAUAACUGUAGUAUGAAUAUUUACAGUGGAAUUAACGAUACAAUGGUCGACGAGGACAUAUCAUUCAUCCUACCAUGGUGGCGCCAAGUGCUGUGGUCUAUUUUAUUCGGUGGUAUGGUUUUGGUGGCUACAGGCGGAAAUUUAAUUGUCGUUUGGGUUGUUAUGACGACGAAAAGAAUGCGAACCGUUACUAAUUAUUUCAUAGUGAAUCUUUCCAUUGCGGAUGCCAUGGUAUCCAGUCUCAAUGUGACUUUCAAUUAUAUUUACAUGCUGGACAACGAUUGGCCUUUCGGUGAACUAUAUUGCAAAAUAUCGCAAUUUAUAGCAACGCUAAGCAUAAGCGCCUCGGUGUUUACACUAAUGGCGAUAUCCAUCGACAGGUAUGUUGCCAUUAUGAAGCCGUUGAAACCACGCAUGAGUAAACGGUGCAAUCUGGGCAUUGCCGCCUUCAUUUGGAUAGCCUCAAUUGCGAUUUCAUGCCCCAUGUUGUUCUUCUUUACAACCGGCGAAGUCGAACUGAAGGAUGGUACCCGAAUUGUAUGCUACGCCGAGUGGCCUGAUGGUCCCACGAAUCAUUCGCAACAGGAAAAUGUUUACAAUAUCGUUUUCAUGAUUCUCACGUAUAUACUGCCCAUCAUUUCGAUGACGGUCACUUAUUCACGAGUCGGCAUUGAACUUUGGGGCUCCAAGACGAUCGGAGAGUAUACGCCCAGACAGGUGGAGAAUGUUCGAAGUAAGCGAAGGGUGGUGAAAAUGAUGAUGGUUGUGGUGCUGAUAUUUGCCGUUUGUUGGUUGCCCUUUCACAUCUAUUUCAUAGUCACAUCAUGUUAUCCGGCGCUGACACAGACUCCUUUCAUUCAGGAGGUCUAUUUAGGCAUCUAUUGGCUGGCCAUGAGUAACUCCAUGUAUAAUCCGAUUAUCUACUGCUGGAUGAACUCAAGAUUCCGUUACGGCUUUAAGCGAUUUUUCCGUUGGUGCCCAUUCGUUAAGGUCGACGAAUCUCUGAAUCGGCGCGACAAUAUGACUUCCCGGUAUUCCUGCUCGGGUUCACCGGAUCAUAAUCGCAUCAAAAGGAAUGUUAGACAUUUCCCAGUCAAUUCAUCCUUUUGUGUGUCUCUUGCAGAUACUCAGCGCUCAUUUUUGUAUACCUGUCCGGGCUCGCCAAAAAACCGUCGAGUAGCUUCACAUUAUGGUAUGUUACGUAAUUCCACAAUAGUAUCCCAUCGAGAUCCGUUGCGACACUCUGCGCCAAUUGGCACCAACAACACCGGCGCAUAUCACCAACGCUUCACCAUUAGUCACUGCGGCAAUAGUCACGAGCUUACAUCGCUGACGUCGUUAAGCGGCGCACCGGGUGCGGGACAAUAUGGCAUCGUAAUGAAAGCUGAGCCCAUCAAAGUGGCGCUGCGAAAUGGCAGCGCACAACAAGUGUCAUUGCCAUUGUGGCCAGCGACAGCUGAAACAACCGACACCGAAUCAGCUGCAACAACACCGCCACUGCUGCCUCCGCCAUCCACAAUUGGCGUUGGGGAAGUUGUAGGUGUUGAAGGUUGUUGUGUUGGUGAUGUUAGUGGUGGUGUGUGCCAUGUGGAUGAGACAAACGUGCGUGCCGCAUCUUGACAGUGUGAAGGCACACGCAACAACAACAACAGUGGUAGUGUCAAAGUAGUUGCGGAGCGUGACAAGUACAGCAAUGGUUUAGCAGACGGUUUGGAAUAUAAAAAUGUCAACGGUAGUACAAAAGCUUAUGCUAUUAGCAACAGCAGCAGUAACAACAAUAACAGCAAGCAUCGUGCGAUAGAUGCCACAGAAAGUGGCAACACAAUAGGUGCCCCAAUAGCAAAGACAACAAAAGCCACAACAACUACACUGCUGUCGACCAACACGCCACGUGGCAUUUUCGCCUCGUCUACGACGGAUGAUAAAACAUGGCUGUAAAUUAGCUGUAUAAGAGAUGGUUUAGAGAAACACAUGCUUAGCAGACGCAGCCCAGUAGGUGACCGGAAUAAAAAGCAACAACGCUGGAUUGUCAUGCCUCGUACGUGAAUGGUCGUAAUGAAAGUUGACACUGGAAAGUGUGUUACGUCCAACACCAGGUAGACGAUAUGAAGAAGAUGUGCUGCGCAGCUCUGGUGAUAUCGUCGCUGAUAACCAUUGACAUAUCUAAUUUUAGAAAAUUUAGUUUAAAAUUUAAAAUAAUAAGAAAGAGAGGAAAAGAGCGGCCUGUGCUGCUACAAAUUUAAACAGAUAUUCCAUUCAUAGGUGAUAUUUCUUGAAACCAAAUGGGCCACUCUCGACCUAAAUGCGGACAAUGUGAUUCUUUAGAGGCAUUAUAACCUCAAAAUUGUUACAAUGAAAGAUUAAACCCAAACUCACGUACGACCUUAAGAAAGCUAAGCAAACGAAUAGAAUUGUAAUAUAUUAAUGUAUUAUGGUUAAAUGCGAAUUUCUUAGCUUACUUAAAUCCAUAAUUAGACCACUUAAGAUAUAAGCUGCUGAAUGUAAUAAUUACAGAAAAAAUUAAAGUUUAUUAAAAUACUUGUCGUGUAAAUAUAUAAAAGCUCGAACUCGUAUAAUUGUAUAUUGUUCACACAAAAAAAAAAAAAAAACAAAACAAAAGAUAAACAGUAUGGAAAAAACAAUGUCAGCACAAGGACUAAGUCAUAACAGCCUCAAAGUGCUUAUGUAUAUAUGUAGAUAAGAAAAUAUUAGAAUACAAUUGGCUAAAAAAGUUUAUAAAUUUAAGCUCAGUGUUUGACUAUUAAGCUUUGCAAUCAUAUAUGUAAAAUAAACUCACUAUACCUUAUAUUUGAAGUAAAGGGAUUCACGAAAGUUUAUUGAGUAAACAAUAUAAAUAAGUACAGACGUGUUCGAAAAACUAAGAGCAACCAAAGUUAACACAGAAAUCCAUGAAUAAAGUUUUUCAAAAGUAUUUUAUUUUUCAUUUUUUUCGGCAAACAUUUGUGCAUGGCUAGAGUGCACAUUAAAAUUUUUAUGACGCUUCUUAUUGUUAUAAGCCCGAAACAGCCUGUUCGAAAAAUAAUAUUAAUAGCAGUACAAAAAUGUAUUUACUGUAGAUUAAAGUAUACUACUGUCUUUAUAUUUGAUACUAAGUUGUUCCUUCACGAUUUGUAAUUACUUUUGUAUGUCUGCAGUACAAGGAAUCUAAACGAGCGCGCCAUCUAGAGAGGAGUAUUUUUCGCAAGCAUUUUCAUCCUUAUAAAGUCAUCACAUCUUCAAGCCUCCAUGUCCUAUGAUCAUUUUUGUAUAUUUUACGUUGACUUGCUGAUUACGAGAUCAUUUUUCCUUACCAUAGUUAAAAUGAACAAUCUUUGGCUCAACACUGCUGGAAUAUUGUGCCAAAGUGAAAGAAGUUCCACCGCAAACUUUCUAUCAAAUUCAAGAAGCCGGUUUAUGUGCACACUUUUCAGUAAAAGUCCUCAUCUUGGACUAAAAUUUCAUCUAACGUCGAAAGUAUAAAGACAUUUUUGUUUUUAUAUAUAAUAUAUAUAUAUAUAUGUAUAAGCCAUUCUGUUGCUUAUGCCGUUAUUUUAACUUUCAUUCGAACAUAUUUUAAGUACCGCUACCCACAAUUAAAAAGACCAUACCGUCUUCUUUCAAUUAAUGACUAAUGUCAGUUUAUUUUGCAAUGGUUCCUUUAGUCGGUUGAUGAGUUUAGUUCUGUAACUGAACGUUUUUAGAUCUCGAUACUAAUCAGACUGUUACCUCUCGUUCCUCGGCGCUAAAUGGAAAUAAGUCAUAAAAUAUAAACUGUGCUCUCGUGAAUAGCCGAUCAAAAUAUUAAUAAUAGUACCUUGCAAAGAGAUCAAUUGAUUAAAAUUCGAGACAUAAUUGGAAGGUAAGAAAACGGACUUAGUGUGACACCCCACACGUACACGGUGAAGUUUCAAUAAUAUCUGAAAGUCCAUAUAAAAAAACUAUAGCAAGCACGUUAUAAUAACAUAUUGAAUAAUCUAUAUUCAUAUAUUUUUUAAGUUUAUUUUUUACGAGGAAAGUUUUCAGUUUUCGACCAAUAGAAACAAUAAACAGACGAUAAUUCUCCUUAAAAAUAUUCCAUCGGCUAUAUUCCUCAAUUCAACAUUAUAUUGAUUAUUUAUUUUAUAUAAAUAUGUUUUAAACCACAAUUUAGAACCAGAAAGAGUUUUUCAUUCAUAACAAAACUAAAACUCAAUCUAUUAAAAAUUACGUCAAUCGAAGAGGCUUAUGCUCUUAUUGUUUAUUAGUAUUAUCACCGUUGGAAAAUAGUUAUAAAUCAUUGCCUCUGAGUAAGUCGUAUUUUCUAGUACAAAACAGUAAACUUAGAAAUUGUUUCAUUCAAAUUUUUAUAUUGCAAAAUAUUUAAUCUAAGCUGGUUAUCAUAAUUAAUGCCAUCCUGCCACUUUAUUGAACUUUUGUUAAUACCCACGUAACUGAGAGAAAUAAAAUAAAAUACUCGCGAAAAAGUAAGAACAUAACUAUUUUAUUUUUAGCUAAUAUAUUUAAUUAUUUUUUCAUAUAUUUAAUUACAAUAAAUAAAAUAAGUAUGUUAACUAAAUGGUUGAAUUGCAAUCUGCAGUAAAUUCAAUUUUAUGUAAGGUUGUAUCAAAUCACUAAACGUUACAAGCUGUUCCAGUGGAUGGAAUUUUGUGCACAUCAAAGUAGUAUAUACCAUACAAAUAAAAUUUGUAUUUAUAACUGUUAAAAAGGAUGAAAAAUAUAAGUUAAGGCUAGUGUAUAAAUUUCAAAAAAAAAUAUUUGUUACCAUUAAUUGUUGAACACACUGUACUAUUUACGCGCUUCUGCACGCCACUUUGUACAUACAAAUUUGCAGCUAUGUGAUUAGCUACCUACACCUAAAAGGAAAAUUGUGAUUAUUGUUAUUCAUAAGGAGAAAUAUGCGAUUUUAAACAGGGAAAAUUAAAUAUGUUUACAGAUAUAAUAAAUAUAUAUGUAUGUAUUUGACUAUUGAUUACAUGGGAGUGUAUAUUUGUAUAGUUACACAGAUGCAUUUGAAGCAAACUACAAGGUGCGUUCCAAAGUAAAGAGGACUUUUUGCAUCUAGCGCCCCCUGGUGUCGCCAUCUAUAUGUUGACUGGUGCGUUAGAAUCUGUUAUCUUUAUCGAUUGUCCAGUGACACUUCCUUCAUUGAAAGUGAAGUUAUUGCGUUUUAAGUGUCGGUAUGUUUGUGUUAUCGGUGCGAAAAUGAGCUUCGCACAAAGAGCCAACAUUAAAUUUUGUUUUAAAAUUGGUAAAACUUUUACCGAAACGUUUCAAUUUAUGAAACGAGUUUAUGGCGAUAAUUGCCUAUUCCUUAGCAGAAUGCACAAGUGGUUUCAACGUUCAAAGUCGUCGUGAGGACAUAAAUGAUCAUCGGAAUAUCCAUCGAAAUUCCAUCGAAACUGUGCGCGAAUUCAUCAAAAAC